GAAAGUGCCCAAACGACGAUCGGUCAGGAAAGUGAACCAGCGGCCCACGAGACUCCGGCGCCCACCCGACCUCGCCACCUCGGAACCCUAGCCGCCCCGCCCAUGGAGAUCGCCGUCGACCGGCGCCGAUAGCGGGACGCAAGGGAGGACGUUCCGUGACCCUGUGAAUCGCUCCGCCCGAGGCGUGUGGCGCGGAGAGGGAAGGAGAGGGGAAGGAGAGGAGGGGGAGAGUCCGGCGGGGCGCGAUGUCGGUGCGGAUCAAGGCGGUGGUGGACCGGUUCGUGAAGGAGCUGCAGGAGGCGCUGGACGCGGACAUCCAGGACCGCAUCAUGAAGGAGCGCGAGAUGCAGAGCUACAUCGAGGAGCGCGAGCGCGAGGUCGCUGAGCGGGAGGCCGCGUGGAAGGCCGAGCUCUCCCGCCGCGAGGCAGAGAUUGCACGGCAAGAGGCCAGGCUGAAGAUGGAAAAGGAGAACCUGGAGAAGGAAAAGAGCGUCCUCAUGGGAACUGCCUCCAGCCAGGACAACCAAGAUGGAGCCCUUGAAAUCACCGUCAGUGGUGAGAAGUACAGGUGCCUUCGUUUCUCCAAGGCAAAGAAAUGAGAGGAGAUGAACUGGCACUGAGGAGCUGUAGCUUGUGUGCUGUACUCAAUAGUCAGUACUGGACUAUACAUGGUCCCGUAGCCUUGCUUAGCCCUUAUUUGAUCCAAAUUGGAUUCUUUUUUCUUGUACAGGAAAAUCCUGAAAUGUAGCGAAACAGAGUAAUGUAUUUACUGAUGUUAUAAGACUGGCAUUUAAAAAACUGGGCAGUUAGAACAUCUGCAAUGGACCUAAUGACGACUGAAGACUGCUGUCA